UGUUCCUUGGUGUCGGCGGGAGAGGAGAAGAAAGUAGGUACCCGGAUGGCCGUGUUGGCCCAAAAGACUGGAAAGGAAUAGAGGCACGCAUGUCACUGCAUCCUGAAGAAUACGACGGACGCUAACUAGUCCAACUUGAUAGCUGGAAGGGUGGUAUCGUACGCCAGGGUUAUCAUGGGAUGCAGAGUUCGGAUAAUGGACAGCGCCGGAACGUGCUUAUUGGGCCCCUUUUUUUUCGAGCUGAUAAACAUUACCGGAUGGUCACUCCCAUGUUGGCGGAAUAGGCGGAAUCACCUAGAAAGUGUCACCAAUGACUCGAAACCACCGAAAGAGCAUGGUAAUUGUCGAACAAAAGGGCUUGAUUCUGUCUCACAACGGGGGUCCCAAAGCCAACCAGCUACCGUUGUGCGUUUUCCUCAUCAGCAACGAUGUUGUCUGAAUAGCCGGCGCAAUAAUAACAUCGAUAUAAAUAUUAAUGGCUGAGGAGUUCGAAGCGGAUGGCACACGCAUACACGCACACACAUACGGUAUCACUCAAGAAAAAGCUGUCACACCCUAUCAACCCAACCCAGCUCAUAUCAACUGCGCUGCAGAAUUAACAACCACGCGGGGAUGAUUGCCGUGGACGAUGUGCUGGGAGGAAAGCCGCCCAAGGUUGGCUCCAUAUUUCGUCAUAAAGUUCUCAUGUGAACGGCAGCCUUGUCGAGAGACUUCCAGUCUGUUACUCACACAGUAUGUAAGUUGCGGAUAUCCUUGCCCAAGCAAAGCCCUAUUCUCCCACUCCCUACGGUGGAGGAGCCAAUCCAUUCCAUGUUUUCUUGAGGGGGACGUUCCGAUGGAGCGGUUACCGAUCAGCAUGGCUGCACUGCAAAGUCGACAUUUGAGGUAUAUUUUGUCGAUAUAUAGUCUUACGGGGACAGGGGAUCCGAAAUUUGUCCGAACCUUCCAGGCCUUCUGUAUGGUUGGAAACCGGGGUCAACCUAGUCGCACAUGAUAAAUAGGAUAUCAUAUUGCUUUUCCGUCGUAUGCAUCGAGUAUGUACGAUAAACUUACUGCAUUGUGACGUUGACAUAUAUCUGUCGAAUUCGCGUUCAACCACCCCCCUUUCUCCCCUUCAAUUGAAGUUUGUAAAAAUAAAA